AUGAGUCGUCGUGAUAAUAUUGCAAUUAAAUCAAAACAAAAUCCAACACAGCAACCUUCGUCGCCAGUAAUUUCAGCUCAUUUAUCGGAUGUCACAGGUAAAAUGGCCCUUUUUUGUUUUUGCGAUAACUCCAUCGUUUUUUGUGCAAUCUGCUCAAACUUUUUUUUAAAUGAUGCGUCAUUUAAUUCUCUACAAAAACACGUGUCACCAAUUUUCUCAGAGUAGAAAUUCUUAGAGUUAUAAAAGAAGAAGCGAGG